AUGACCAAAAAGGUUCUCAUCGUCCUCACCAGCGCCGACAGGAUCCCCAAGCUGGACAGGCCCACGGGGUGGUACUUGCCUGAGCUCGCGCACCCUUACCUCGUCCUCGCGCCCGAGGCCGAAAUCGCCGUGGCCUCCCCCAAGGGCGGGGCGGCGCCGCUCGACCCCAGCUCCGUCGACGCGUACAAGUCGGACGAGGCGUCGGCCCGCUUCCUCCGCGACCACCGCUCCGUGUGGGAGGCGACCACGCCGCUGGCGGAGUAUGUCGGCCGCGCGGGCGACUUCGACGCCGUCUUCUACCCCGGCGGCCACGGCCCGAUGCUGGACCUGGCCGCGGACGCCGACUCGGUGCGGCUGGUGGAGGAGUUCUACGCGGCGGGCAAGCCGGUGGCGGCCGUGUGCCACGGGCCCAUCGCCCUGCGCGACGCCAGGAGCAGCCGCAGCAGCGAGGGCGGCGAGCCGAUCCUCCGCGGCAGGCGCGUCACGGGCUUCUCCAACGCGGAGGAGGAGCAGGUGCAGCUGAGCGCGGCGAUGCCGUUCCUGCUGGAGGACGAGCUGAAGAGGGUGGGCGCCCGGUACGAGGCCGCCCCGGAGCCGUGGGGGGAAAAGGUCGUGGUGGAUGGGCAGAUCAUCACGGGGCAGAACCCUGCGUCGGCCAAGGGCGUUGGGGAGGCCAUCCUGAAGGCCAUCGGUGCGUAG